CGGCCAAUGGGCAGCCGACUCGCCCCGCCCCCGGCGCGGAACCGACCAAUAGGCGCGCGAGGCGGCGGUGUUUGAAAGCGCCGCGGGGGGCGGGGGCGCUAACGGCCGCCGAGGGAGGGCACGGCGGGCCUGUCAUGGCGCACAAACAGAUCUACUACUCCGACAAGUACGACGAUGAGGAGUUUGAGUAUCGCUCUCCGGUGGGGAAUCUCCGUCCUGGGCAAUGAGGGGUUGUUGGGGGUGCCCCGGUGUUGACUGAGAGGUGCGGGGCUGCAGGCACGUGAUGCUGCCCAAGGACAUCGCCAAGCUGGUGCCCAAGACCCACCUGCUGUCGGAGUCGGAGUGGCGGAACCUGGGCGUGCAGCAGAGCCAGGGCUGGGUUCACUACAUGAUCCACGAAGCCCCACAUCCUGCUCUUCCGGCGGCCAUUGCCGAAGAAGCCAGAAAAGUGAGUGGCCCCUGGUCUGCCGAAACUCUCAGUCCUUCCACGCUGAGAAAACACCUUCCUUCUCCUCGGCAUUUCUCGGGGGCUUCACCCUCUGACCCUCGACGCUGCCUGGGCGUCGUUUUGUCGGCUCGGCCCUGGUUCCGGCGGCCCUUCCCGUUGCGAUGCCUCCAAAGCUUCAAUAAAGUGAUGUUUGGGAGCUGUCUGUCUGCAGUGCCGGGGGCAGCUGGGCUGGAGGGCGAAGGGAUCCCGGUACCGCGGAGUCUGUCCCGCGGGGGUUCCCGAGGAGGCUCCCCGGGGUCUCCGGGGGAGGGAGCCUCCCCGCGCCCACCGGAGAGGGCACGUGCCCCGGCCCGCCGGGCACGGCCACGGAGGCGGAGCUGCACCGGCACCCCCUCCACCCGGUUCUGCGAUGGUUCCGUCCCGCAGGUCCCGCCUCUCGGCCAAUGGGAGCUGGCGGGGCCGUGUGACUGA